UGGACAGCGAAGGGGGCGUGCCGCUGCAAGCACGGUUCGUCAGUGGGUUUUUAGUUAUCAUGGUCGACAAGUUAAGUGAAGUUUAAAAGCAAGAAGGAAAAAAAAACUAUACUUGUUCGAACUAUAAUAGAGCAAACUGUGUCUGCCGUUUAGGAAGCAAACCUCUGGUUUCAAUGAAUUGCACCAGGGUUCUGCAGAUACUGAACCCCAGGCCAAUGCCAAGUCCAAUUAUGCCUGUGGAUGUAGCAAUGAGAAUUUGUCUGGCACAUUCACCGCCUCUUUGCAGUUUCCUCAGUUCAUAUGAGGACUGCAAGUCCAGGAUCCUAGUCAACCAGUACAAACCUCUGAGAUCCUGCAUCAGUAACAAGACAGAUGUCGACACAGAUAACAUAGGAUGGAAGAGACCUGAGAUCAAAAACAAAAAGAAAGUAGUUUUUGCUGACUCCAGAGGCAUGUCUCUGACAGCAGUCCAUGUAUUCAAGGAACUUGAGGAAGACCCCAUGUUAGACCUGCAGUUCGAAUUAUCAGACUUGGAGGAUGCCAUUGUGGGCCUGAGAGGGGAGAAGGAGAAUAAUUUGAUUUUGGAUUUCACUCAGCCUGCUGCAGACUAUUUGGACUUUCGGAACCGUCUAAAGAAGAGUCUGGUAUGCUUGGAAAACUGUAUAAUUCAAGAGAGAUCCCUCACCGGCACAGUCAAAGUGAGCAGCGUAAGCUUUGAGAAAAUGGUCCAUGUGCGAAUAACAUUUAAUUCAUGGAAAAGUUAUGCUGAUAUUCCUUGUACAUACAUGAAUAAUGUUUAUGGUUGUGAGGACGUUGACACUUUCUCGUUUUCCAUCGAACUUCCGAGUUUUGUGCCCCCACAUGAGCAGGUAGAGUUCUGCAUAUCCUACAAAACUAAUGAUACCACAUACUGGGACAAUAACGAUGGAAAAAAUUACAAGCUGGGCCAUGCAGAGAACGACCUCAAUCAGACCAGUGUAACCCAACAGAGGGCAACAGAUUUCAAGAAUCAAGGGAAACGUCCAGAGAUGGAAUUUGAUCAAUUUGGGAGCCCGAGAACGUCUAGUGGAUUCUUCCCCGAGUGGCAGAGUUGGGGUCAUAUUGAGAACAACACCCCCUACUGGUGAAAGUUCAAGAACCCAGAUAAACUUGAAAAAAACAAGUUGAGGCCUUGAAAAUGGUGGUUGUGGACUGUGAUGAACCGCGAGCUGCUGUAAUUGCGAAGAGGGAUCAUGUUUGAAUGUAAAAAGGAGCCUACACAAGCCAUAGUGUAUGCCUACAUAUUUUUCUACUGCAAAGAAAGAUGUUUGUUUGAAAGAAUCUUGUACUAUACUCUUUCUUCCUGGUAUAAAUAAAGCCUAAUGUUUCUAUGA